GUUUAACAGAUCUAAUAGUUUCAGUUCAAGAUGAAAGUAUCAAUUAUUUUCUCCACUAUUAUAAUAUUUUCGACUCAUGCGAUUGCAGCUGGCAGCGAUGAUAAAUCAGAUACUGAAGUUACAUUUUCCGUAGACGACUUUCCUUACAUCAUUUACGAUCUACCACAAAUCACAUGGCUAGAUGUUUCCACAAACCUUGAAAACUUGAAAGACGAAAAGCUGAACCGACUCAUUGAAGAAAACAGAAAACUUCUCGAAAACGUCGUAUUGGCAAACGUUGUACGUGGCUUGAUAGUUCAGCAUUGCUUUGCACGUCAUUUCGCAAAUGAUUACACACCAGAAGAACUGAGUCUGAUGAAAACUGCUAUCAAAACUGGUCUGGAAAUAAGUAAGACCAGAGUUCAGAGUGAGGGGUCAGGUAGUGAUGAUGAAGCGUCAGUGGCCCUUUUGAAAGCCACUUUUGAACAGAUGAAAACUGUCUUCAAGACAAGAGUAAGAGAAGACAGCCUGGUAUCUAAAAUGCUGGAUAAUGCUAAAUAUGCGAUUCGGGUUCAGGUCAUGGAGUAUAUCAUAGUCAGCCUGUCCAACACACAGAUCGCUUAUUUCUUGUCUGAGUUAUUCACCUUGAUGGACAAUGGCCGACCUAAUGAUCCAAGUUUUUUCAUCCAGGCCAUAGUCUCGAAGAAUCAAGUUGAUGAUAUUCAACAGCGAGCUACCAGUCUUGGGAAAAAAGAAAUUGGGAAUUUAAUGAAAUAUUUCGAAGGCAUCCACAGAAAGAUAGACGUCUAUCUUGAAAAACCUCUAAGGAAUGCUGAACAAAUCUCUUUUCAAAAUCUACUAAUCUUGCAGCAUUGUGUACAAAAAAAAAUGACUGAUACUCUAACACCACAACAGAAGGAUGUCCUGAAUGACGCCCGAAAAAUCAAGUUGAGGAGUUUCGCGAGCCGGCUGAACACAUUUAUCGUCGAGAUUUUCCAUUAUGCAAAGAUCGACAGUGAUCAAGAUCAUGUAUCUUUAUCUUUAUCUGAUAUGAACUCGGACAUUUUGUUUUCAGUACUACGCAGCUCAAACUCAUACAAUUCACUGAGUGUGGAAGAUGUCGUAAAAUUGGACUAUAUAUUGUCCCUGUCGAUUCACGAAAAAAUCCUUAUGUCAACUGUCAACAGUGCAAUGUAUAACCCCUUGAGUAUAUUGUUCUAUUACAUUGACAAUGAGCCAGAAAAAACGAAGGAAAAAAGUUUUAUCCAAUCACCACCACGAAAAGACCUUGUGAAGUAUUUUGGCAGCUGUGUCCCAUAUGUGGAAAUGUACUCGAUGCAUGAAAACCAUCAAGGUUCACUCGAUUACUUGAAUAAGGUCAUAGAGAAUAACUGCAGAAUUUAUUGGCUAUCCAAUAAAUGCUUAGGUGUGAAAGCAAGACUAGUUUUGAAUCUUGCACAUGAGACUAUUCUUAAACAUGGCGUGAGAACAAUUACAAAUGUUAUUAGAAGAAUGGGCUACAAUGCAAUAAAAUUUAAAACUGAUGAUCAUUUAUCUAGAAAUUUUAUAAACAUUUUAAAUUCACACGGAUUGAAAAGCAAGGUAGCUGAAAUGGAACUGAGUGAAGAAGAAAUAAGCACCAUAAAUGAUAUUCUGUCUAGGAUAAUUAUGGAAAUAGCAGAAGUGUCUUCUACCAAUAAAAGUAUGUUCAUGAUGUUGAGAAUAAUAUUUGACAUGAUUGAAGAUGGGGAAGCUACCCAGAAAGUGAAAUUUGUUCUUAAUGUAGUCUGAAGAUUCAAAUAAAUAUUAAGAAAACUUGAAUUUUAAAAAACACUUUUGAAGUGAAAAUACACUUACUUUUGUAGUGACGAUCGUUUCGACCUGUUGUUGGUCAUCAUCAGACUGUCAGUCACUAUUCUAUUUCCACUUCAAAAUUGUUUUUUUCAAAAGUCAACUUUAAUUUUAACAGUGAAAAAGUAUGGAUAUACAACAGAGAAAUAUUAAGAACUCACUAACCACUAUUUCUUUCUAUCUAUUGUUCUGUUUGUACUACUACUUUCAGUUUGAUAUUAUUCAUAUUUCAGGUGAUUUUUCUUUUUUAUGUGAUUAAGUUUGAUCCUUCUAUGAUUUGAAACUUGAAUUAUUGAUCAUGGAUUCUUGUCUGUAACUAUAAUGUGAUUUCAAGUAAUAAAUCAUUUUUUAUCCAGAUUUUUGAAAUAAUAUCUAGUUCCAUAUCAUCUCACCACAAUCAUAUUGUCACUGGUUUCAGGAAACCUCGUAGGUGUUGAAUUUUAUUUUUUUCAGGAGAGCAAAAUAGAACUUCAUAUUGCUGGUAUUUCAUUGAAAAAUUAUAAAACAUUUUUUUUUUGUACAUAAUAUAAACUUUAAUGUUCCAUAUUAUCAUCCUAUGAAUAUUCAGUCCAUAGCAAUGGUUAUUACUUUCCUUGUCCUAUUACCAUAGGUAAGGAAAGUAUUGCUUUCUGACAA